AUGGGCAAGGACGAGAAGCCCCGCGGCCAGCAGAGGCAGGGGGGGCCGCCGGCCGCGGACGCCGCCGGGCCCGACGACAUGGGGCCGAAGAAGGGCAAAGGGGCCCCCAAGGAGUGCGGGGAGGAGGAGGCCCGGAAGUGCUGCGGCUGCCGGUUCCCGCUGCUGCUCGCCCUGCUGCAGCUGGCCCUGGGCAUCGCCGUGACCGUGGUGGGCUUUCUCAUGGCGAGCACCAGCUCCUCCCUGCUAGUCAGAGACACUCCAUUUUGGGCUGGGAUCAUUGUUUGCUUAGUGGCCUAUCUUGGUUUGUUUAUGCUUUGUGUCUCAUAUCAAGUUGACGAACGGACAUGUAUCCAGUUUGCUAUGAAACUGUUGUACUUUUUGCUGAGCGCUCUCGGCUUGACGGUCUGCGUGCUGGCUGUCGCGUUUGCUGCCCACCACUAUUCGCAGCUCACACAGUUUACCUGUGAAACCGCACUCGACGCCUGCCAGUGCAAACUGCCCUCCUCGGAGCCACUCAGCAGGACCUUUGUGUACCGGGAUGUGACUGACUGUACCAGCGUCACUGGCACUUUCAAACUGUUCUUACUCAUCCAGAUGAUUCUUAACUUGGUCUGCAGCCUUGUGUGCUUGUUGGCCUGCUUUGUGAUGUGGAAACACAGGUACCAGGUCUUUUAUGUGGGUGACAGGAUAUGCUCCAUAACAACUUCCGAAGGCCAGCAGCAAACAGUCUAACAUUCUUGCUCAAAGAUGGGGGAGAAAACAGCUCACUAACUAGCUGAGGUUAAAAAAAAGAGAGAGAAAGAAAAGGAAGAAAGAAAAAGAAACUUUUGACAAUAAUUAAUAUUCACCAUUCUAAAUGAAUAUUUUUAUAUUUUUCGGGAAAUGAAAGAGCAUUUCUUCAGGUUUCUAUAGUAUUUUUAAAAAUUCUUAUGGGAAAGAUAAAAUCCAAGUUGACUUUGAGAUAUUCAAAGAACACUGAACAGGGAAAGAAUGGCAUGUAUCUGUCUUUACAGUCUGUAGUUUAUUCCUAAUACUCAUUUUAUUCAUUACUUAUAUAAUCUUCUUUCCUCUUAGUCCAAUUUGAUGGUGUGAAUUUGUGUUUCAGGCCCACUUGCUAAAUUUUGUAGAGUCUUUUCCAGGCCUUCCCACUUCCCACCAUUAUCCUCACUAUGUCUUGGAGAAUGGCUGAAUGGCCAAGUUGACUCUUAUUUUCCCUGGUAGAGUUGUCUUUAAGGCAUGAAAAAGCUUAAAGGAGCAGAGUAGAAAAGGAAGAGACUUGGCAAAAGCCUAAAUAAUUAUAAACACCUGGGCUAGGGAGGACUUCUCAGCUCCCUUCGUUUGGCUCUGUAAAUAGAUCACUUAAUGCUUUGGAUCUUUGCUUCUCAAAUAAUUGAAAGUUGGUGGUGGUUGUAUUCAUAAUGGGGUAGAAGGUUUAAAAAUAAUUACAUUAUGCUUCUAUUCUAUCAUCUAAAACAAAUCAUUAAGACUAAUUUCUAGCUAAUUGUUAAUUAUAAUUAUGCUCAGAAGUCUAUUUAAUGAGCUCUGGCUGUACUUAUGUAGCACUGUCGGUAUUAGGAGAAAUUACUCUCACAAAAGAGGAGGCUUAAAGAUUCUUUCUUCUGAAAGCCAAGCUUUACAAGGGAGAAAAAAAUAUAUUUUUUAUUAAUAGCUCAGGUUAAUAAUACUCAUUUAAAUGAAAACAAGAGCAUUUGUAAUGGGAAAUAUUUAUACAAAUAGCACAUUUGUGAUAUGUUGUAAAGUAUCUCUCUUGGCAGCUAAGUACUUUUGAGGAACAUUGGGUAAUGCUGAUGUCUUCCAUUCAUGAAACUGUAUCUUAUACAUAAUCCUAUUAUUGAUUUGUAUGCACAGUCAACCUAGAGACUUAAACUAAUGUUUUGAAGUCCUUAUUCGAGCAUAUGCCCAUUGACUUGGGUAUAUGCUUGGAGGGUAGUUUUUGUUUUGUUUUUAAGUGACUGUGACUUUAAAAAGCACAAAUACCCUAUGGUGGGAGUCUUUUCUCUCUUAUUAUUGUUAUUAUUAAAUUUUGAACAAUACCAAUGUUUUAAGGAAGGAGCUCAGAAUGCAAAUUCGUGCAGCAUAAAUGUUAUCAAGAACUUUCUGGGGGCUGGCCCGGUGGCGCAAGCAGUUGGGUGUGCACACUCCGCUUCGGCGGCCCGGGGUUCGCAGGUUCCGAUCCUUGGCGCGCACUGGCGCACCGCUUGUCAAGCCAUGCUGUGGCGGCGUCCCAUAUAAAGUAGAGGAAGAUGGGCACAGAUAUUAGCUCAGGGCCAAUAUUCCUCAGCAAAAAAAGAGGAGGAUUGGCAUCAGAUGUUAGCUCAGGGCUGAUCUUCCUCACAAAAAAAAAACACAA